AUGGAUCCCAACAGCAAUACCAACACCACGCAAAAGGGCCUUUCGAAGAUCAAGGCGGUGCGCAACCCCAACUACAAGCACCAUGGUCCCAAGUCGUAUGUCUCCGUGAUGAACCGCUACGGCUUCGAUCCCACCAAGGAAGGUCCCUACUAUCACAUCGACAAGGUCGACAAGGCUGAGGAACACAGCCUUGUUCCGGAGGACGUCAAGACAGCCCUGGGAGGCACCGUGAGAAAGCAGCGAGUCCUCGUGAAGAAGACCAGCCCGGACAGUGAGCCUAGUGAGGUCACCGCCGAAGAUCAGCAGAAUGAUGUUGAAUGGCUCUGCAAGGUGCAGAUUGGAACACCACCGCAAAAGAUGAUGCUGGACUUCGAUACCGGCUCCGCCGAUCUCUGGGUCUUCUCCACCGGCCAGAGCAAGAGCUCACAGUCAGGCCACAACAUCUACGACCCGAAGAAGUCGAGCACGAGCAAGACACUGUCUGGGAAGACGUGGAAGAUUCAGUACGGCGAUGGUUCGGGCGCCUCGGGCAACUGCGUCGCAGAUACCCUAGUAUUGGGCGGCCUUUCGAUCAAGCACCAGACCAUCGAGUGUGCAACCAAGAUGUCAACCCAGUUCACUCAAAGCGCGGGUGACGGCUUGUUGGGCCUCGCCUAUAGCAAUAUCAAUACGGUCAAAGACGCGAGCGGGCCCGACCCGCAGGCCACACCCGUUGAGAACAUGAUCAAAUCGAAACUCAUACCCAAGGAAUCCGAGCUGUUCACUUCGGCAUUCUGGAGCUCGCGGGAUGCCAAGGCCGAUGACAGUUUCUACACAUUUGGUCACAUGGACGAUGAUCUGGUCAAGGCAUCAGGUGAAGCCAUCCACUGGACUGAGGUGGACAACUCUCAGGGCUUCUGGUCGGUCACUUCCGAGUCGGUAUCCAUCAACGGUAAGACUGUGACCCAGAGCGGCAACGCGGCCAUUCUUGACACAGGUACCACGCUGGCUAUGAUGUCGGACAAGGUCGUUGAGGCCCUGUACAAGCAGAUCCCCGGCAGCACUUACGACUACUCAAACCAAGGCUACACUUUCCCGACCUCAGUCACAGCCGAUGACUUGCCCGUUUUUAAGGUCGCCAUCGGUGACAAGUUGUUCGUCAUCCAGAAGGAGGACCUCGCCUUCGCGCCGACCGAGGACGGCAAGAGCUGGUACGGCGGCGUCCAGAGCCGCGGCACUCUGCCUUUUGACAUCAUUGGCGACGUAGGCUUGAAGAGCAUGUACGCCGUCUGGGACAUGGGCAACAAGCGCUUCGGCGCCGUGCCCAAGAUUGAGAAGAAGCAGAACCUCACACCGCCCGCAGAGACUGGUUCCGAGGGUGGCGAGAAGUCGCGGGUCUACAGCACCGACUUGGUCGAAUCGGACGGCGCCGAGUCGUAG